CAAUAAGGGGGGUGGUUAGGUCGGAGACGCAGAAGCUCCUACUCUGUGUUCUCUCAGUGACUGUGAAAGGAGCGGCUAAGCAGCUUUGGAGAUGAAUAGGAUUCGCAUCCACGUCUUGCCCACUAGUAGGGGCAGGUUAACGCCUAUCCCAAGGACACAUGAGGCUUUGACCUGCUCCUUUACACACCGGCCAUGCUCCCAACCUCGCUUAGAGGGCUACGAAUUCUGCAUUAAGCAUAUUUUAGAGGACAGAAGUGCGCCUUAUAAACAGUGCAGCUACGUAUCUACAAAAAACGGUCGCCGUUGUUCUAGUGCUGCACCAAAACCUGAGAAAAAAGAUGGGGAGCGAUUUACAGACAAGCUCAGAAGGGCUAUCCUCUAAGGAACAUGAGAGCUUGAAGAGACUGAAAGCAUUACGGCGGUACAGAAAGCGAUAUGGGAUUGAAGCUCUUCUCCAUCGACAGCUAAAAGAACGGCGCAUUUUAGCAACAGAAGGGGCAUCUCAACAGGCUCACACCACACGCUCCAGCCAGCGAUGCCUAGCCUUUGUGGAUGAUGUUCGGUGUUCUAAUCCCAGCCUCCCCAUGACAAGGCACUGCUUGUUGCACAUCUGCCAGGAUAGCAAUCAGGUUUUGUUUAAGCUUUGUGCAGGUUCUGAAGAAGUUCCCUGUAAUAAGCCACUUCCUGUUAGCCUUUCUGAGGAGCCCCGCUGCCCACUGCACUACAGACUGCCGUCGCCUAUGUACAAAGCCGAGCCGGUACUUUCUGUUCCUGAACAUAUGGAUGUGGCUCCUGUGGAGCUUUACUUGAGUACAGCUGAACUGCAACCUACAGAAAACUUACCACUGGAGUUCAGUGAUGACCUUGACGUGGUAGGAGAUGGAAUGCAGUACCCUCCAUCUCCUUUACUUUUUGACCCUUCUGUAGAUAAUCCUCUUAAAGAUGUUUCAAGAACCCCAACAGAUAUUCUGUCCACUGAUAAAUCUUUUCAAGCAACUCAAAGCCAAGCUCUACUGACAGCGGAGUCUUUAGUGGGAUCAUCAGCGCAGAGCCAGAUCCAAACAGCAGGAUCCUCUUCUCCAAAGCGGCAAGACCAUACUGAUGACAGCCCAUUGACACAAGUGAUUUCUACAGCCAAUGGAAAUGCAUAUUCAUCAUCUCUUAGCUGAAGGGUUGGACAGUACAAUAAGACUUUUUAAAUACUGAAUCUUUAUUUAAACUCAACAAAUAUUACCAAAAUUAAAUAUGCAAAAAAAGGGACAACUGUACUGUUGCAGAUUCAUUGCCUCUUCCAGAAGCUUCAAAUACAGUAAAAAUGUGGAACUUGGCAUUUAUAACUUGUUCAUAAAAAGCGUAUAAACAAAA